GGUUCUUACUAAAGAAGGGAGGAGAGUAGAGGGGGGGGGGGUGUGAUGUGUUUGGAGGAGGGACUCCAUCAUUUAGAGAAGUGAACAGUUCCUGGUUUAGCAGUGAAGAAGAAAGAGAGGCAGCGUUAAACCAUCAGAUCCUCCAAAAUGAAUGUCUGUCAGUCUCUGAUCUGCUUCUUCUUCCUCACACUGCAGGAUGGAAACAUUGGUCUCAUCAAUGCAGAAAUCAUCGAGAGUACAGGAACUGAAGGAGGAAACAUCACAGUUGCUUGCUCCUUCACUUUCUCUGGAAAGAGGAAGAUCUUCUGUAAGGACGAAUGUAAAGAUGGAGACAUUCUCAUUGACACAGAAAAAAUCACAGCUCAGGACGGCAGAUACAGCAUUGAAUAUAUAGAAGGAGAUUUUCCACUAGAUAAAACAAUUCUGUAUGUGAGCAUCAGAAACCUGACUCAGUCUGACUCAGGAUGGUACAGAUGUGGUUUGGACAGAUCUUUCUUCCCAUCAUCAUACGAGGAGUUUGAGAUCCGAGUUACAGACGCUCCAACCUCUCCUCUCAGACCUUCUUCACCAUCAGUCCCAUCAGCCUCCACACUGAUGACAUCACAGAGUUUAAGCUCCACACCUUCAUCAGCCUCCCCUGAAGCCAGCGAGCAGCCUCAACAGAAACACACAGCUCCAGCCCAAAGAGCUCUGCUGUAUGUGGGUCUGACUCUGGUCCUCUUCUUCAUCAUGUUAUCAGUAGCUUUGCUGAUUUUCUGCAGGAUGAGAGCCAGGAAACCCAAAGAACCUCCUGUGGAAACUGAGUACUCUAAUGUCACAGAGGCCAACCGAGUGUAUGAGGAGAUCAGAGAGGACAGACAGAGCACAUCUCCUCCUGUAGAAGUGUCUACAGUUUACACUUACGCCAAAUACACCAAACCAGAUGGAGCGGAAACCACAGAGGAGUACAGCUUAGUCACUGCACCCACUUCUCAGAAGAAAACUGAAGACGACUGGAGUGACCUCACCUACUCUGAGCUGGAUCUUCCCAACGGUACAGCUGCCUCGCUGCACAGCGCCCCCUGUGGUGACGCAGAUAACGUGGUCUACUCUGUUCCUCGGCUAGAAGCCAGCUCGGCCGGCAGCCACGCCCAAGACGCUUCACCUCCUCUGUACUCUACUGUUACUUUACAUCAGCUGUAGCUUCAACGCUGUCAGCGCCACAUUUACUCUCUCAGGAGCCAACAGGGGACACAAAGGGCUUUGAAUGAGUCACCUUCACUCAAAGAAAUCUGUUUUUAUUGUUAUUGGGGGAAACUAUGUCAAUUACA